AUGUCCUCACAGUACGACGUACUUAUCGUCGGCGCUGGCAUCGCUGGUUCUGCUCUUGCAUAUGCACUGUCGCAGUCUUCAGCUCCGCGACGUCGCAUUGCACUCCUCGAGCGUAGCCUUGCUGAACCUGACCGCAUAGUCGGCGAGCUGCUCCAACCUGCCGGUGUCGCCUUCCUCGACAAGCUUGGUCUACAUGGUGCAUUAGAAGGUAUAGAUGCGAUACCAGUACACGGAUACGCGGUCGUUCAAGAUGGUCGUAUUGUCCAUAUUCCAUACCCUGAUGGACGGCAAGGACGGAGUUUCCACCACGGACUAUUCGUGCAGGGACUGAGGCAACACGCAAUGCGCGCAAAAGGCGUGGAUGUCAUUGAAGCAACUGUGAACGAACUGGUGGAAAAGGAAGGAAGGGUCGUUGGUGUAAAGGCUACGCGUUCUAACGGCAAGGAGAAAGAGGCUUUCCGCGCAGACUUAACAAUUAUUGCAGAUGGGUGCUUCUCUAACUUUCGUAGUAUCGUCCAAGGACCAUCUGCACGCCCUUCCAGUACUAAGUCGUAUUUCUGUGGUACGAUACUCAAGGAUGCGCGGUUGCCGAUGUCGCAGCACGGAACUGUUGCACUCAUACGUGGCCACGGACCCGCGUUGCUAUACCAAAUAUCGGAACACGAUACCCGCAUACUCAUAGAUGUAAAAAGUCCAGUGCCAUCUGACUUGAAGAAACAUAUCAUCACUGAGGUCUUGCCUUCCCUCCCUAAUCAACUACAUGAGCCCAUCCGUGCUGCUCUUUCUGCUGAUCGUGUUCGUCGCAUGCCUAAUUCAUUCCUACCGCCUGCCCCUCAGACGCACAAACAUGGUGUCGUCCUUCUCGGGGACGCCUGGAACAUGCGCCAUCCGCUAACAGGUGGUGGUAUGACCGUUGCACUGUCCGACGUAUACAUACUUUCCCGGCACCUUGAUAAAGUAAACGACCUACUGGACUGGAGCCAGAUGAAGAAAGUUCUUGACAAAUGGUGGUGGGAACGCAAAGGACUGGCCGCGACUAUCAAUAUUAUGAGCGUCGCCCUUUAUGACGUAUUUGGGGCUGAUGGCGAGUGUUUGGCUGUUUUCCAAGACGGAUGUUUUAAGUAUUUCGAAAGGGGAGGAGAAUCCGUCCGUGGUCCAGUAUCAUUGUUGAGUGGAAUUGCACCUUCAACCUCGCUCCUUGCAUACCACUUCUUCUAUGUGGCAUUGUAUUCUAUAUGGGCGCUUUUUGCAUAUCCUCGACGUAUCUAUGUGCCCCGCGCGAAUAACGAGCUGCAUGUGAAUGGCACUACCAAUGAGACUGGGAAUGGUGGAGGAGUGCACACUGACGAAAAAAAUCCGGACAUGCACAUCAUGCAAAUCCCUUCAAUACUAGAUUACCCUCGACUAUUUUGGUUGAGCUGUAGAGUCUUAUGGACUGCAAUUGCAAUAUUUGGACCCCUACUAUGGACAGAGAUUCGUUGGUGGUGA